AUGGAAGCCAAAGCUGCUACAAAACAAGCACAAAAAGAUGGAGCCAAAGCUGCAAAAAUGGCAACUCGGAAAGCUAAACGGAUCAUUGGCAUGGUUAUUUCUUCCGGGUGGGAUUUCUUUGAAGCCAUUUAUUGUGGAGGAAUUAUGACUGAAGGGUUUCUUAGGGGUACAGGAACAUUGUUUGGGACUUAUAUUGUUGGGUAUUUAGGGGAAGAAAGGAUUGGGUUUAUGGUUUAUGAUAUUGCUAAUGGUCUUUAUUUAUUGCUUGGGUUUGGUCAAUUUGAGGAGAAUGUUUGUAUAAUACUCAUACAGCAUGAUAUGGAGGUUACUAUAGUAGUAGCUAUCAGCAGCAGCAACCAAAUGAAUCAUACCCUCAACAACAGCCAAAUCUGUCAAGUCAAGUGUAUGUUUAGCCUAGUCAAACAUAUGUUCACCCAGCAGGACCCUAUCAAAGUACAGACAUCUGGUGGUUACCCAACUGCAAAUUACAAUGCCCAGAAAAGUUCACGGAGUCAAGGAAGACAUCCGGGUUACGCUCAUCAAUAUCUAAAUUACACUACUGAUUCUAAUGUUGCUAUAAGAAAUCUGGUGAUACUUACAACAACAACCUUAGCAAAAUCAAUGGUUGCUAAGCAAGGUCCUAUAGUCAUGGCUACUCAUGAAAUAUGUUUGCAAGUUUGGUUGGCUGUGUCUCUUAUUACAGAUGCAUUGGCAGCAUCUGGUAAGGUGUUGAUUGCUAGUUCGGUUUCAUAA